AUGCUCAACUUCGCCAUGAUUCGCCUUGUGUGCGCAGGGCAGUGUGCAGCUAAUGGCAGCGCUGCUGAAGCUGGCACCCAGACCGGCCGUGGCGAGAAGCCUAGCGGCACUGAAGGCGAAGCGCCGCGGUGCAACAAAACGAGCAGAGCAGCUCAGCAGCUCUUCGACAUUCCUGUGUUCGACGUUCCGAGGCUGAACCACGUCUACGAUCACUUCGGCACCGCGAGAGUCUUCCUGCAAACUGCUGCGAAGCUUUCUGGGAAGACGUGGCCUGCUCCUCAUCAUCAAACCAUUGCUGAAUUGAUGUAA